UCACUGUUAGUGAGCCCAAAUCUUUGGACUUUCUCAUUAUUAUGCGUUUGUAGAUAUACGUGGGGACUGGGAAGCAUGGGACAGCUUGGGCAUUGCUCUCUUCAGUAUGGAGAUAAAGAACUGAUUCCAAGACGAGUUGUUGCUCUUGACGGAACGACGAUUAAAGAUGUUGCCUGUGGUGGUGUGCACACAUGUGCUCGGACUGUCGAUGGAGCGCUUUAUGCCUGGGGUGGCAGUCAAGCUGGACAAUUAGGGCUUGGCCCUCAGACUGGUCAUUUUUCCUGUGCUGCUAAUUCAUCAGAAUCUUUGUUUCAUAAUAUACCAGUGUUAACUAUACCUUCUGGUGUACAUCUUGUCACCUGUGGACAUUCUCACACGCUUGUGUAUAUGAGGGAUGGAAGAAUAUAUGGGUGGGGUUACAAUAACUAUGGCCAGGCAGCUAAUCAGAAAUCAACAUAUGCUUGGUUCCCUUCUCCUGUUGAUUGGUGUGUCGGCGAAGUGACGAAAAUGGCUGCUGGAGGCGGUCACUCAGUUGUCCUGACUGAUGCGUGCACAUUGAAAGAGCUUUGUGAAUUUAGGCUCGCUGAAAAUGUGACUAAAUCCAAUUCGUUGCUCAUUGAAGAUGUGGCGUCCCGGACCGGGUCAGAUGCAUUGGCUCGCCUUUGUGAACGUUUAAGGUAUGCUUUGACUUGGCACAUAAGCAACACUCAAUAGAAACAAAUAUAGACCUAGGAUUCAUAAACAAACCUAUAGUUGUCAAAAUCAG